AUGGUUUCUGUGGCACGCUUCAGUACGACUGCUUCUACCUGUGCGAGAGCACCAACGGGAUACAGAAUCAACCGGAACAUCAAGUUGAGAAAACCAAUAUUGCCAACUAUCAAUAACAUCACUGUCAAGGACGAUCAUCCCCUAUGGCAAUUUUUCCAUAACAAAACCUUUGUGCGUCCAGCAGAAGAGCUGGAAACCCAGGGUAGAGCUUGGACUGUUCAGGAUCUUAGAAAAAAAUCUUUUGAAGAUUUGCACGCAUUAUGGUAUGUCUGUUUGAAGGAGAUGAAUAAAAUAUUAAGAGAAAGUCAUAUCUACGAAGAUAUCCAAUCUUCCAAAGUUCAACAAUGCAUGAACUUCCAGGAGAAGCUAAAUAAUUCUAUGCUUGCCAUUAGACAGGUUUUAACAGAGAGAGAAGCAGCAUUAGCUAACGCAAGGGAUGAAUUCAAGGUAGUCGGUAAGGAUUAUUUAGAAGAAUUCAAGCAAAACUACUUGAACAGUGAAAACGUUGAAACUGAUGAAUGGUUUGACAAAUUGGAGAGGCUGCAGUAUGCCAUUUUUGGUAUUCACUCCACUUACGAGUCUGUCGUCAUCAAUGAAAAAUUUUUAGAGGGUGUCAGAUACAUCUCCUCGUUAUACACCGCUAAAUUUGAGACACAAUUACCAGAAAACGAACGAAUUGGUAAAUUGAGAGACAUUGUUGAAGUUUAUAAGAUUUUUGAAAACGGCUCAACUUUGGAGGGCUUUAAGACGGCGGCCGACGCUAUUUUCGAGUACAGAGAGAGUGAAUUAGUUAUUCCUCCUUCUAAAGAAAUUCAAGUCAUUCAAUCAUUGGUCAACGAAAAAAUUGAAGAAGCCAACCAAAUAGCUGAGCCUGAAUCUUCCCAGUCUGCACAGGCUUAG